AUGGCUUCCCCACCCCCCAUCCACGCGGACAACGAAUGGUCCCCCCUGAAAUCCAUCCUCGUCGGCCGGGCCGGCGACGCGUGCUUCCCCCCGGCCCCUAAAAAGAUGAUCGAGGCCACCAUGCCCCUCGAGCACCGCCACCACUUCGUCCCCAACUCUCCCUUCCCGAAAAACAUCGUCACCAAAGCCGAGCAAGAACUCGACCAGUUCGCCCGCAUCCUCACAGACCUAGGCAUCGAAGUCCACCGCUCCACGCCCGAUAUCGACUGGGCGGCUGAGAACGGCUACACGGGCGCCAUGCCCCGCGACGGACUAAUGAGCGUGGGGAACACGCUCAUCGAAGCGUGUUUCGCGUGGCCGUGUCGCGCACGCGAGAUCGAUCUGGCAUACGGGUCUUUAUUGAAGGAGUUGGGGCGAGAUCCGCGGGUGCGCGUUGUACGAAGACCGGAGGAGUCGUUUGCGGAGACGCUGUUGGAUGAGGAUUGGUUUGAAGGCGAGAGGAAGUUCGUGAUCAAUGAGUCGCGACCGGCGUUCGAUACGGCGGAUUUCAUGCGGAUCGGGAAGACGAUCCUCGGACAGUAUAGCCAUGUCACGAACCGGAAGGGCGUGGAGUAUCUCCGGUCGGUCGUGCCGGAGGGGUAUACGGUGGAGAUGGUGGAGACGGAUGAUGAUAAGGCGAUGCAUAUUGAUGCGACGAUUUGUCCGCUGCGGGAGGGCUUGUUGGCGUUUAAUCCGGAGAGGGUGACGGAGGCAGAGCUGAGGAGUCAUGAGGUGCUCAGGGAGUGGGAUCUCAGGCCGUGUCCGUUUCGGCCUGUUGGGUGUGAGGAUCCGCCGGGGUUUAUGGCGAGUGGGUGGUUGUGUUUGAAUGUGUUGGUGUUGGAUGGGAGGAGGGUGGUGGUGGAGGAGAGUGAUGGGAUGAUGGCAAGCUGGUUGGAGGAGUUGGGGAUGGAGGUGAUUUUGUGUCCGUUUAGGAAUGUGAAUAGUAUUGGGGGUUCGUUUCAUUGCGCCACAGUGGAUUUGGUGCGGGUGGAUGGGGAGUGA